AUGGACGGAAGCAAGAUUGUUGUAGGCAUUCUAGGUGGUGGACAACUCGGCAGGAUGACUGCAGAGGUUGCAAACCGUAUGAACGUGACUGUCGCGGUCCUAGACGCUGCAUUGUCUCCAGCUACUCUUAUAGUCAGUCAGGCUCCACACGUCACGGGUGAUUUUCGUGAUGCUCCAUCAAUCUUAGAAUUGGCAAAAUCCUGCAAUAUCUUGACUGUAGAGAUAGAACACGUAGACUGCGAUGCUCUAGAUGCUGCUGUCGCUCAAAUAGGAGUGCCUGUACAGCCUACUCCGGCCACUAUCAGGAUCAUUCAGGACAAGAUGCUGCAAAAACAACACUUGGCAAAACACGGUAUACCCAUUGCUCCUUUCGUCGAUAUAGGUCUAGAUGGUGGUGUAGAAGGUGUCAAAGCCGCUGGAGUGGAAGUCGGUUAUCCAUUCAUGUUGAAAUCACGUACUUUGGCUUAUGACGGACGUGGUAAUGCAGUUGUCAAGAGCCCAGAAGACAUUCCUGCCGCUGUAAAGUCAUUAGGUGGUGGUGCCUCUCAAGGACGAGCUCUGUAUGCUGAAAAAUGGGUACCCUUCACUCGUGAAUUGGCUGUCAUGGUUGCUCGUGGUUUGACAGGUGAAAUCGCCAGUUAUCCAUGUGUAGAAACCGUACAACAAGAUAGCAUAUGCCACCUAGUAUGGGCACCUGCUCAAAUAAAUGGUCUUGUAGCGCAAAAGGCAAAGGAAAUCGCAGAACAGACUAUUGGUACUCUAGGAGGUGCCGGUAUAUAUGGUGUCGAAAUGUUUGAAUUGCCAUCAGGAGAUAUAGUCGUCAACGAAAUCGCUCCACGACCACACAACUCUGGUCAUUAUACUCAAGAUGCCAGUCACACUUCGCAAUUCGAACAACAUCUCCGUUGUAUUCUCGGUUGGCCGUUAGGAUCAACGGAGCUCAAAGUGCCAGCUGCUGCCAUGAUCAAUAUAAUAGGUACAGGCUCUGGUGAUGAAGGACUUAAGGAAACUCUACUACCAUGUGCUGCUGCUUUGGGUGUACCCGGAGCUACAGUCCACUUUUAUGGAAAGAAGGAAUGUCGCAAAGGUCGUAAAAUGGCCCACAUCAAUCUAGUCGGUGACUCGAUGCCUCAAGUAGUAGAUAGAGUACGAACCAUACUACGAGCUGCAGCACCAGCCGUCAAUGCUGAUCCAGAACGACCAAUCCAGAUUCGACCAGAUGUAGGUAUUAUAAUGGGAUCAGACUCUGAUCUUCCAGUUAUGAAACCUGCUGCUAUGAUACUUCAAGAAUUCGGUGUGCCUUUUGAACUGACUAUUGUUUCGGCUCAUCGAACGCCACUUCGAAUGGUCGACUAUGCUUCUACAGCUGCUGAACGUGGAUUACGAGUGAUUAUUGCGGGUGCUGGUGGUGCUGCUCACUUACCAGGAAUGGUAGCUGCUCUUACACCAUUGCCUGUGAUUGGAGUACCCGUUGCUCAAAAGGUUUUAGAUGGACAAGAUGGUCUUCUGUCCAUUGUCCAGAUGCCGAGGGGAAUACCUGUUGCUACGGUAGCUAUUGGAAACUCUACAAAUGCAGGAUUAUUGGCAGUCCGCAUUCUUGGAGCUCAUGCUCCAAUAUAUCUUGAACGUAUGGCAGCGUAUAUGAAGAAGCAAGAAGUCGAAGUCUUGGGUAAAGUCAAGACUAUGGAGGCUGUGGGAUGGGACAAGUACGAAGUCAAACACUCAUAG